CACGUGAAAACCGUACCGGAAAUAUUUUCCCUGGAAACCUUGACUAGGUUAUGUUAUAUACUCUACCCACCCAACUAGAGGAAGGAAUUAUUCAAGUACAUGUACGUAUCAUCAUUGACCAACCCGCUAACGUCUUCCUAGCUUUGAGGAGAAACAAUACUUGUAAUAAAGUGAAAGGUAUCUGAGCAUGUGCAAUGAUAAAGACGAGAUAGAUCUUGACACAACUAAACACAGCAGCUUAGAUUAAAAGUUCGAUACUAUGGAAAAUACGACGGAGAAAAGUGAAGAAAGUGGAACUGUGAGGGACAAUGGAAUUUGGACAAAGAAAGAUAAGAUUUGGCUUCUCAUUGUCAUGAUCACGCUUCUCAUUGUCACGAUCAUGACAAUUAUUAACUCGUAUUUUAUAAUCAUGCUCAAUUCACAAAAAAGUUUUACCUAUGCUCGCGAGCACAAUAGACUGCAGUGGGAGAUACGAUGGCUUAAGGCAAUAGUUAAAAGGAAUGAAAACAAACAACAAUUGAAGAAUGGUGAAGUCAAAAAACAACAACACAACAUUUCUCUGGUGCAGAGUCUUCUGGCGGUUACCAUCGUAAUAAUUUUCUUGUUUCUGUGGCUGAAAUUCAAGGAUGGCAGGAGUAAGGGAACUUUGAGUACUUCCAACGAAAUUUCAAGUGCCUCACAACGGGCUUCUCAUGCAAUGCAUCGACUUAGUAUAAAACCUAGAAGAGAAUCAGUCAUCGCACGAUUUACAAGUACUUGGUCAUCUGUUGAUGAGAAUCUUGCCGAAUCCUUCCUAACUGAUCGUCAGAUUUCCCACAAGCUAAUAAGUGAGGAAAACGAUAUAUAUGACAUCAAUGCGAAGCUUGUUUUCCUAUUCGUGAAAUGCAACGAACGCCACAUUAUUAUGGAAGACGCCGACGAUACAAGUCAGUUAAGAAAAAGGACAGUCGAGGUUGUAGAAAGUACAGGAGGAAAAGCAGUGGUGAUUUACAUGUUACAUGGCGACUCCAGAGACUUCAAAGAUGGAUGCCUCUACUCACAGAAAUUAACAUGUAUAAACAACCACCCGAUACUGAAGAAAUUAUCAAAGGAAGACUGUGUGAUCAGUACCGACAAAGAACUUUCAAAGUUUCAAAUACAUCAUCUGCAGAAGCUUUGUAAGGAAUAUUCUUAAUUGUGAUCCAUAGACUGACAAUGAUUAAAGAUGUCUCUUUUACUUUUGGACGGUCAUCAUAUUCAAAAUGGUUAGCAUGCUUGCAAUGAUUUUAUAAAUAAUCAUUUUUACUCUUCUUUUUUUUAAAUCUUAUAUAGCAUUCUAUGUGUUGCUCUAUCAUAUAUGUGAUUAAUAAACAAGACCUUUUAUUUCAA